AUGAGCGACGAUUCCGAAAACCCCAACAGCACUACGAGUAGCGGCGGCAAGGACAACGACGGAGAGGACUUGGCCAGCUCGUACGCCUCUCUGUUUGCCGACUCCCGUCCAAACCAUGGCAGCAACAUCAACAAUCACAACAAUCGUUCCCAGCAAUUGGCCGGCAUGUUUCAACAGAGCUUUGCUGCUCGCAAUAGUACCAACAACAAGAGCAUCAAUCAUAUUUCCUCGUCCAACUUGGACUUGCGAGAGGACGAGUGGUCCGAACGGAGUUCCUUUGCCGACGAAUCGCAGCGCUUCCACGACAGCAAUUUGGAGGAGUUGGCCGCCAAGGCAUUGGCCAAACGCCAGGCUGAAGAAAGCAAGAAGGCCAAGAAAAAGUUCAAGACGUUUGCCUCUCAAGUCAUGCAAGUCAUGCGAGUCGCCAAGUUCCAAGCCAAUACGUAUGAUAACACUCCCAAACAGGAGGAAGAACAACACGAGAAUGUCGACAAGGACGACGAGAACAGUGAAAAGAGCGAGCUCGGGACGACUGAUAAUGUCGAGACCCGAUACACGGGUCCGGAAGCGGAAGAGGAAGACGAAAUUGACCUGACUGCGGCGGUGGUAGUGCCAGAAGAAGGAGAAGACACGGCCGAGAAUAGGAAGACAACGAUGACAAAGUCCUAUUCCAAGAACCUCCUGAACCUCCAGCGCGAAAGCAAGCUGACCCUCGAGGAACUAGAAGCAGAACUCGAAAACAAUAGUGAAGGGUACAGUGUGUCCACUAUCGACAGUGCCGAACAAGAAGCCCGAGACAGGGAAAACAAGCUCUGGAUUGGAAUCAUGUGGGGCAUCAUUCUCAGUAAAUCCGCCGAAUUCAUUGCCUCUUACAUUGUUGGUGGAAUCUUGAAAAUCUUCAAAUGGAUUCGACGGUGCUGUGGCGACAGUGGCCCGGAAGACGAUGCCAUUGGAGUGGUCGGCGACGGUGUAGGUGAUGCCAUUGACGAUGUCAAUUUGAUAACGCAGGGCACUGGAGGAGGAGGAUUCAUUCCUCCACCACCCGGCGGCCAAGCCAUGACGGGACAAAUGGCCACUCAGGCGGCGUCCAAUGCCGCCAGUGGAGUCAGCUCUGGAGCAACUGCCGUGGCACCUCCACCCCCAACAGGCGGAGGACUGGUCAAUACGGUUGCCAAUGCCAUAUCCCAAGCAGGAGUUGCCGCACAAGCAGGAGCCGUUGUGGGAGUAGCAGCGGUGGCUGCGGCAGGACUUUCUACCGGCAUUGCGAGUACUCGAUCGGCCGCUCCCCCAAUGGAACCCGUCGGCAAUUACACCCAAAUGUGGAUACCGCCACAAUGCCCCACACCGUCGGAACCCAAAGAAGGCUAUGUCGAACUCAAUCUACAAGGAUUGCCCGAUGGAGCCAUUGACGACUACAAGGAAGAAAUGGAAGACAUGUUCCGAGAUGUAUACAACAACAUUACUGGCAUGUGUUUGGACCCCUACAACCGAGUCUUACAUAAUGCAACGCUCAACAGCUACGAAAUCAUAGAGGAAGGUCAAGGGGAUGAACCUUCUGUGAUGGGAACCUACUGGCUGGCCACGGUCAAUUGUAGUUCCUGCCCUGACUACGAACCUCUAUUCCAAGCAAACACAAGCCCAGGAUCAGAGGAUGACACUAGAAUCAAGGACAUCGAGGAAGAGCUCAACAUGACAGUGGGUCUAGCAGGCAACCAAACACCUGCAAACACUACAACAGCUCUUGCAUCCAACCGGAAACGCCGAUUCCUUCAAGAAUCACCUGCACUAGCUGAGUUUCUGCCUGUGUUUGCCACAACAUUUGAGUUUAUCUUUCGGAGAUUCCUGAUACAAGAGGGAGUCAUACAGGAAUCAGAACCGGAUAACUCAACCACAAAGGGCUCAACCAUGAAGGUUGUGUUGGUCACUAGCAGAGCAUCUCCCUCCCUUCAGAAUGAACUGAAUGGAACAGAACCUGAAAUUGUGGCAACUUUUGGUGAAACUGAUUUGGAAGAGUAUAUUGAGUUUGUCGAAGCCAAGAAUGGAACUGUUCGAAAUCCAUUCAUCCAGGCAGAACUGGCAGAUCUUUCCAACUGUUUUGAGAGUAACAAUGCAUUGUCUGGUGCAGAAGCAGAGUCUUGCGAGCGACUUCAAUCACUUGUGAAUGAUGAGAGCAAUGAGAUUGAUAGUCAAAUGAUUCUAGAAUGUGCUGCAGAUCCCUCCGCUCCUCACUGCCAAGAAAUCCUCGACACAGCCUUGGAAGUGUUGGCGAGCGAGACUGCUAUCAGUUUGUUGGUAUCUUCAGAAGACCAAGCCUCCAAUGAGGAUAAUGGGGACAGCACGGAAGACAGUAGGCAAGAAACAAAUGGACAGUCUACCCCAGCAUCAUUUGGGUAUCAAGAAGUAUCCUUGCCAGUGGCUAGCCCAAUGUCAGGCUCCCUAGGGGCGCCAACCAUUCUUGACAUGCCAGGUGACACAUCAGUUCUUCAGGACGAAUUCCAAGGUGAUGCACUACUGGCCAUGCCAAGUGAAGUUUCAGGCCUGGUAUCUACACCAAGCGCAACUGCAACGGAAACAUCAGAGGGAACACCUUCGAAUUCGGCACCUACACAGUUGGCCAACCCUAUGGGUCCAUCAUCAGUGACCACUGCGCAAGCAGCAAGUGAUAGUGGGCAGAGUCCUACUGGUGCCUCCCCUCAACCUGAAGCCACAGCAACUGCUCCAAGUACCACUGUUAGUGAGCAACAACCAAACAGUGGUUCUACUCUAUCGGAAAAUGAGCCGGGCACAGUUGCGUCAGGGCCAUCAUCUCCAGAAUCUUCCAAUAUGCUUGGUGGAAGCCCUGUGGCUCAACCUGACAAUGCAGCUCCAUCUAACAAUGCACUGAAUGGUGGCAUGUCAUCAUCCAGUGGAGGGGGAAAUGACAUGCCUGCCAACCCAGACUCAAACACUGAGACUGAAGCAGUCCCAGGAUUUGCACCCCAAAGCUCCGCAGGAAAUAUGCCAGUUACGACACCGAAUGGAGCACCUGCUGCUGGAUCUGCCCUUUCUCCAACCAACCAAGGCGAAGUAGGUAAUAUGAACAGUGUUGCUCCUGCAAUGCUACCUGGAUUGCCUCCUGCUGGUACAAUGGCAAGCAGUUCCACAGCACCCGAUGCAGCUGCUGCAUCUGCAUCACCAAAUGUUGUAGCAUUCAGUGGCGCUCCAGUAGUGCCAGCUUCAAGCCCCCCUGGUGGAGCAACACCAGCUGUAGCAGGAGCACCCAGUUCUGGGGCAGUUGUGUCAACCGAAUCUCCAGUGGUGGCAUCACCAGUUACAGGACCCAGCAGCAGCGGUGCUACACCGAAUGAUAUACCUUCACCCACUUUGGUAGAUAGCUCACCGGAUGACGAAAACACAGCUGUACCUAUUGUGGCAACCUCUGAACCUACUCCUGAGCCGACAUCUGGACCCACAAUUGACCCAUCUAUUGAGCAAACGCUUGAAAACACAGCUCAGCAAGUUGUGCCCACCUCUAAGCCAUCAUUGGAAACAACUCUUGGCAGCACUUCUUCCCUUAGUGAGCCAACCAUUUCCCCAACCUUGGUGACUUGUGAUUUCUUCACUGUAGAGACAAUGUGCAAUGUCACUUUUAGCAGUGAAACAGCAAGUGUAUCAGAUUUCGAGCUAGAAGAUACAUUCAAUGCUUCCUAUGCUGCCCUGCAAAAGGCAGGUCAGAAAUCGCGGUAG